CACACAAACCCACGUUUUCCUCCAGCGUAGGGUGUGGCAGGAGUCAAACUGGAAGUCUAGCUAACUAAUCAGUCGGUGUCAUUCAAAUACACUAGAUAAGGUCGGAGUCUUGUCCUCCUCUGCCUCGCAGUACGCGGGACAGAAUGGCGUCUACACUAGCAAGGCAUUUUAGCAGGAUUUUCCAAUUAACGUUAAAUGUCCAAAGAAAAUCUGUUACGUUUUCGGGAGUGCGACACAAGUCGUCUACAGUGCAGUAUGCAACACGCCCUGACCUGCCGAAGCUGGCUUAUAGAAAAGUGAAGGGGAAGAGCCCAGGUGUAGUCUUCUUGCCAGGGUUUGCUUCUAACAUGGGUGGGAAGAAAGCAGAUGCCCUUGAGGAGUUCUGCCAAUCACUAGGCCACUCUUACCUAAGGUUUGACUAUACAGGCUGUGGGUCAUCUGAAGGUGAAAUGGUAGACGGCACUGUCGGCACUUGGAAGAAGGAUGUUCUAUAUGUAUUGGAUGAGCUUGUGGAGGGGCCACAAAUUCUGGUUGGCUCCAGUAUGGGUGGCUGGCUGAUGUGCCUGGCAGCCAUAGCUCGUCCAGAAAGAACUGCAGCCAUGGUUGGCAUCUCUACAGCAGCUGACCACUUUGUAACUGUCUUCAAUACACUUCCUAUUGAGGCAAGAAAGGAGAUUGAAGAGAAGGGGCAGUGGGUGGUUCCUACCAAACACAACGAGGAGGGCUCCAUCACGUUCACCACAGAGUUCCUGAAGGAGGCAGAGCAGCACUGCAUUCUGCAGAGCCCCAUUCCAGUGACCUGCCCUGUGAGGCUCAUCCAUGGGAUGAAGGACCAGGAUGUGCCCUGGCACAUCUCCAUGCAGGUAGCUGAGCGUGUGCUUAGCAAUGACGUUGACGUAAUCUUGCGCAAGCAUGGCCAGCACCGCAUGGUAGAAAAGGAAGACAUCAAGCUCAUAGUUUACACCAUCGAUGACCUAAUAGACAAGCUGACCACUUUGGUUUGAGUGGGCAAAACUGGACCAUGCUAUGGGUGACACCUACCACCCCGAUCCCAACAUUUCCGCACUCCGACUGCUCUGUUCCUGAUGCGUUACAAAAUCAAGGUGCCACUGUACAAAAUACAUACAGUGAAGAUAAGGACCUCUUACAUUUUCUCCUGGCUCUCUCCAUACCUUUUGUUAGGAUUUUUAUUUACCAGUGCCAUUCCACUUUGUCACUUUGUUCACAGUACCACCGAACUUCUUGGGCAUUCUGUGAACAGUUUUUUAUGUAUUCUCACAAUGUGGUCAGAUAGUAAUUCCGUUAAACCGUCAAUGAGGAACGUUACGUCCACUUGCGAGAAAACAUUUAUUUUAUCCACUGUCAAUUUUACUCCAACAAACACAAGUGUAAUGGGCAGUUUUGCCUUUAUGUAUGUGCACUUAAAGACCAGUAAGAGGCAGCAAAUGUCACUAGUAUUUUAGGCACUUCACUAUGUAACAGUCUCCAGCAGAAGAAAUCGCUGGGGGGGUUGUCUGUGGAGAGAUCAGUUGGAAAAAGGACUUUCUUCAUCUGUACUGUAUGAUUCUCGUGCUGAUAUCCAUGCACUGCCCAUUUCCCAUGCUGUCCAUAUUUGCGCUUUUGGUUCCAUUGCUGACAGAACAAAUCUAUUUUCGCAUUGAUUUGUCCAUGCCAUUUGACUUUGCACACAAGGUCAGAACAGAAUAUUGACUGCAUGGCAACUCAUGUAUGAAGAACUCGAGCAUUGUGUGUUAUUUUUUAAAUGUAUUGUAAUGAGGGAACUUUAUUGAGAUUCAACUGACGUCACUGGGUUACUUUCAAUGUUGGCUCAGUUCAUGUGGGUUUUGUUGCUAGUGGGUCCUAUUCCAAAAUUACACAGAUCUCAAAGAAACGAUUGAACAGUAGCAUCCUGAGAUGUUAGCCUGGUUUGAGUGACUAGCACAAAAGCACGUUUCUUGGGAGUUGUUAGGUGAAAAACAUUGCCGUGUAGGCAGCAGCCCAUGUUUAGAUUUUCCUGUUUAGUAUAGUAAACAUUCUGUUUUGCUGGUUAAAGCCAGGUUCCUCUUGUUGGUUUCCAACAUAUCACAACCUAGAUCCUGAAUGUUUAAUCUUGUGAACAAAGUUUAUUUAUGACAUGUUUCAUAUCACAGUUAAAUGUUUAUAGGUGAUAUUACUGUGGCAUAAUUGAUGGGCUAGUUCACUGAAACACAAUGGCCAUACCUGUAUAUUGAUGAUAACAAGCAAUACCAUCUGAAGCUUAUGCCAAUAAACAAAGUACCAAAAUG